CGCUCACCUCAGUUUUUGUGCGGAGAUACACCGUAUCGGACAUCUCCCACGGGCUGCCCGGUCUCUUUCCCCGCAGAGCCCGAUCGCUCGGUCCAGCGGAGCGCGGACAGACCCCCGCGGCCAGGGUCUCCCUCAGCCACCGCGCUCCGCCUCGCCCGCCCCUGCAGCGCCAUGGAUCACCAGCCCAAGUUCUUUGAGAACCUCUCAGGCACCGGGAAGGCCAUCGGGGUGCUGACCAGCGGCGGCGAUGCCCAAGGUAUGAAUGCUGCUGUGCGCGCAGUAGUACGCAUGGGAAUCUAUGUAAAAGCCAAAGUCUAUUUUGUUUAUGAGGGUUACCAGGGAAUGGUUGAUGGAGGUGAUAAUAUUGUAGAAGUUUCAUGGGAAAGUGUUUCAAGUAUCCUGCAAGUGGGAGGUACAGUUAUUGGCAGUGCUCGCUGCAAGUCCUUCCGCACACACGAGGGCCGCCUGCAGGCAGCCUACAACCUGGUCCAGAGGGGGAUCACGAACCUUUGCGUGAUCGGCGGGGACGGCAGCUUAACCGGCGCCAAUCUGUUCCGGGAGGAGUGGAGUGGACUCCUGGAGGAACUGGCAGAGAAUGGAAAGAUUGAUGCAGAGGCUGUUAAGAAAUAUGCUUACCUUAACAUUGUGGGAAUGGUUGGAUCCAUAGACAAUGACUUCUGUGGCACUGAUAUGACCAUAGGUACUGACUCAGCUUUGCACAGAAUAAUUGAAGUUGUUGAUGCCAUCAUGACCACUGCUCAAAGCCAUCAGAGGACCUUUGUUCUGGAGGUUAUGGGGAGACACUGUGGGUAUCUAGCUCUGGUUAGUGCCUUAGCCUGUGGUGCAGAUUGGGUGUUUAUUCCUGAAUACCCACCAGAAGAAGGCUGGGAAGAUACAAUGUGUGUUAAGCUUUCAGAGAAUCGUGCACGAAAGAAAAGGUUGAAUAUUAUUAUUGUAGCUGAAGGAGCUAUUGAUUGCCACAACAAACCUAUAACAUCAGAGAAAGUUAAGGAUCUUGUGGUUCAGCGGCUUGGUUUUGACACCCGAGUUACUAUCUUGGGUCACGUGCAAAGAGGUGGAACCCCUUCAGCUUUUGAUAGAAUUCUGGCGAGUCGGAUGGGUGUGGAAGCUGUGCUUGCCCUCCUAGAAGGUACUCCAGCUACCCCUGCCUGUGUUGUGUCCCUGUCUGGAAACCAGGCUGUACGUCUGCCUCUGAUGGAGUGUGUGCAGAUGACUCAAGAAGUCCAGAAAGCCAUGGACGAGGGAAGAUUCCUUGAGGCUGUGAGGCUUCGUGGAAAGAGCUUUGAAAACAACCUAAACACUUACAAAUUACUGUCGCACAAAAAACCAGAUGCCGAGCUUCCAAAGACUAAUUUUAAUGUGGCAGUUUUAAAUGUUGGUGCCCCUGCAGCUGGAAUGAAUGCUGCAGUGAGGGCUGCAGUGAGAGUUGGCAUAACUGAAGGUCACAAAAUGUUCGCUGUCAUUGAUGGAUUUGAAGGUUUUGCUAGAGGAAAGAUAAAGGAAAUCAGCUGGGGAGAUGUUGGAGGCUGGACUGGUCAAGGAGGAUCAAUUCUUGGUACAAAACGUACUCUUCCUGCAAAAUAUUUGGAGAAGAUUGCUGAGCAGAUGCGCACUAACAACAUUAACGCCCUUAUGGUUAUUGGUGGAUUUGAGGCCUAUGAAAGUUGUCUGCAGCUCCACGAGGCACGUUCCCGCUUUGAGGAGUUUAGCGUUCCUAUCUGUGUGUUGCCUGCUACUAUUAGCAACAAUGUGCCCGGCACAGACUUUAGCAUUGGUGCCGACACUGCCUUGAAUGCUAUUGUGGAGACGUGUGACCGGAUCAAACAGUCGGCCAGUGGCACCAAGCGCCGCGUGUUCAUCAUCGAGACCAUGGGUGGUUAUUGCGGUUACCUGGCCAACAUGGGGGCCCUAGCAGCAGGAGCUGAUGCUGCUUAUAUCUUUGAAGAGCAGUUUGAUAUUCGAGAGCUCCAGGCUAAUGUGGAACACUUGACUGAAAAAAUGAAAACCAGUAUCCAGCGUGGUCUAGUGCUGAGAAAUGAGAACUGCAAUGAGAACUACACGACUGACUUCAUUUAUCAGCUGUAUUCUGAAGAAGGAAAAGGAGUGUUUGACUGUCGAAAAAAUGUAUUGGGCCACAUGCAGCAGGGUGGAGCACCUUCGCCGUUUGAUAGAAAUUUUGGGACAAAAAUUUCAGCAAAAGCUAUGCAGUGGAUCUCCAAAAAACUGAAAGAAACCUACCGGAAAGAAGCAGGAAAAGUAUUUGCCAAUACCGAUGACUCAGUGUGUUUGCUGGGAAUGCGCAGACGCAACCUUGUGUUCCAGCCCGUGGCUGAGCUCAAGACUGAAACAGACUUUGUGCACAGGAUUCCCAAGGAGCAGUGGUGGCUGAAGCUGCGACCGCUGAUGAAGAUCCUGGCCAAGUACAAGACUAGUUAUGAUGUGUCAGACUCAGGCCAGCUGGAGCACGUGGCCAUGCUCCCCAAGGAAGCAGUGCCCGCACCCAUCUAAACACAUCACAUUUAGGUCGUUGUCAUAGAUGCACAUUGUGAGUAACAAUGCUUUAGAAUCGUUACAGCUUUGUUUUGUAACAUUUAAAUUAUUGUUCCAGCACUUUAUGUGAAACAAGACGUUCAGCUGUCACACAGAUUUUGUCCUGUAUGUGUGUUAUGUUUGAGACAAACCCUUGCAUCUAAUGGAAAAGCACCAGUUACUGAUUCUGCCCUUUAACAAAGCAAGUGCAACACCGUUCUAUGCACUCUGUAAGUUACUCAUCUACUGCACUUUGUUUCAGAGUACUUACACCCCAAAACUAAGUGUAGAUGGCUAGCUUUGUGUUGAGUUACAGGAUGUGCUUAAUGUUCCUGAAGUGAAAUAAAGUACUAUUGCAAACAUCA